AUGGACGAGAAAGAUUCUGUUUCAGUCAUGGUUAAAGAUGCAAAUACACCUUUGUUAGAAGAGUCUAGGAACUCGGGUUGUAAUGGGGCAGAACAGAGUGGUGAUGUGCUGUCAGGAACAACUUCUGGGGGAGUCCAUCAUGCUGGUGUAUUGCAGGGAUGGUUUGGAGAACACUGGUGGAAUGGCAGAUUAUCUGUGCUUUUUUGGACAACUGUGAUUGUGUUAUGUCCAUUAACAUUUUUUAGGCGAAUUGGUUCAUUAGGUCUUAGUUCAGCCAUAGCGGUUGUUUUGGCGAUUGUCUUCCUGGUGGUUGUUACAGGAAUUACAUUUUUUAAACUGGUACAGGGAAGCAUCGGAAUGCCAAAAUUGUUUCCUGAUAUAACCAAUAUCUAUUCAAUUUGGCGACUCUUCACUGCAGUUCCUGUCCUUGUAACAGCAUAUGUUUGUCAUUUUAAUGUGCACAACAUUGAAAAUGAGCUUGAGGACACUUCCUUGAUACAGCCCAUAAUACGAACAUCACUGGCUGUGUGCUCUGCAAUUUAUAUUUUGACAAGUUCAUUUGGUUUCCUUCUUUUUGGGGAUUCUACUUUUGACGAUGUGCUUGCCAACUUUGAUACGGACCUUGGUAUACCGUAUGGUUCAGUACUCAAUGACAUAGUUCGUGUCAGCUAUGCUCUGCACCUUAUGCUUGUUUUCCCGGUUCUGUUCUUUCCACUUCGACUGAAUCUGGAUGGACUACUCUUUCCAUCUGCUGGCCCUUUGGCUACAUCCAAGUAUAGGUUCCCGUUAGUUACAUUGGGGAUCAAUCUUGCCGUUUUCCUUGGUGCCAAUUUUAUUCCCAGCAUUUGGUAUGUUUUCCAAUUUAGUGGCGCAUCUGCAGCGGUUUGCCUGGCUUUCAUCUUUCCUGGUGCCAUUGCUCUGAAGGAUGUUGACCUCAUAGCCUCCCAGAAUGACAAGGUCUUGUCGAUUUUUAUGAUUGUUCUAGCUGUGUUUGCAGCUGCUGUGGCUAUAUACAGUGAUGUUCACGCAUUGUUCACGAAGAACGAAGUCACUAGUGUACGAACUCUGGUUUGGGGAUUCCAGUAA